UGCCCAGUGUCCCUCCAGCCCCUGGGUUGUGAGGUCGCAUACUGCGGCAGUUCGAUCGUCCUAUGGAGCCGCCAGCCUUCACAGGCAGUUUAUGGUGUCAAUUUCCGAUCGACAAGUCUCAGAGUGAUCGGUCCUCACGAAGCCUGAAUUCGCCGUCAAAAGCUGAGCUCGGUGGACGAGUGUACUGAAGGUGUCAUAUUCCUAAACCCCUUCGCCGAGGCCGUUGGUCAGUGAUGCAGGGGAAAACCAUGACUUACCUACAUACCAUGACGCAUUGGGGGACCUUUUUUCUUCGGAGGCUGCCGGUACUAUUCGACUCUCGACCAGAACAACGAUGACGGAUAAAGGGUGCGGCCCUUUUGCGGACGACGAUUGCUUCAUCGAGGAGGAGGGCAUAUAUGGGGAUGCAUUUGCUGGAUGGGUUCACUCCAGCAGUGGCCCAAUUCAUGCAACGGUUCUCGCAGCGCUCCGGCUGUGGUCUACAUAUAUAGCCUCAAGCUCCGUGUUCACACUCUCGAAGCGAUCAAUCUCGGCCAUUGAAAUGUGAAUACAAUACAUGGGAAUUGAGCUUUGGCAGAUGGUCGCAUACGCUUGCCCCGGAGGCAGCCCUAGGCGUCGAAUCUCCAUUAUUAUGUUGGAGCUUGUCUAGCCAGGGCCCAACUUUGUUGCGUGAUAUCAAACUCUAUUCCCAAAAUGCAUUAUAUAUUCCGCAUGUUCACGUAGGAGUAUCUUGAAUGUAAGAUUACCGGUAUCCCAAUCUAGGAUUCAAUGAGCAGGAAUGCCUUGCUUUGCUUCACAGACGUUCUCUCGUUGAGCCUCUUGCGGAAGUCACUUCUCUGGCCCCGUGACGCCACCAUGUGCCUCCUGUGACCUUGUCAUUCCAAAGCACGAAGUUCUGCAUAAAAUCAUUUGACAUUUAUAAGCGUGUGAAUAUGAGGCACUGAAUCCGAACUCGCGAAUACAGCGCAAGUUGUUCCGCCGCAGAGGUCUCAUCAGCAUGUCCAGCUUGGUGUGUAUACGUAUAGCUUUCUUGGCCUAAAUAUACACAUUUCUUUGCAUCCAAAUUCAAGCUUAAUGUCCCUCGUAUUAUUCUAGAGAACUGGGGAUUUUCAGGAACGGCCCGAUUUCUUGCUGCGAGUGGUGCGUACCCCGCGGGGUAGCUCCAUAGACUGUGGGGUUUAGGUUAAGAGUUGCAUAGCUGCAGCAAAUUGACCGAGGCUUCUCAUGGAAAAGCACCAAUGAACGUGCUCGUAUCAGAGGAAGGAAGUCAAUACACCGCUUACGUUAUGAGAGGUCACUUUAUGGAAGAUUCCACUUUCAUCAGAAUUCUCCGUUGCAUUGCGCAUGCCGGAAACAUUGCAUCGGUGGUGAUUUCCUAUUUUGACGUGACCGGUCCCCUCCAUCACAAGCGACAGCGGGGAAGCCCAGACAUUCACAAGCCCAGCAUUCAACUGACAGCGAGGACUCACAGCGAGAAGACCACCUCCAGCAGCGGCAGCUCGGGAGCUGGGGAGGCGUCUAAUAACUCGUUUAAAUCUUGGCUGUUGUGGUUGCGGCGCUCCUUCCUCAUUCAGCUAAAGAGACAUCGCUCCGCGGCUCCUGCAAACAAGCUCACUCUAGAAAACCUUGACAAUCUUGUAUUCCCUCUUACAGAAGAACGACGGCCAAACCGGCGGGACUCUGUAUUGGCAGAGUAGGCUAUGCGCCAGCGAACAUAGCGGGGUUCCGUAGGGCAAUUCCAACAUACGGUCGGUAGUUUGAUAUAAAGUCAAGAUGGACGUCGUUCCUUACCUUUCCUCGCUCAUCCCUCCUUUCUCUCUUCUCAAUCUCACCACUGUAGUACACCCCAUCAUGUACUCACUCUCCUCUGUCCUUCUGGCAGGUAGUCUUGCCCUGCAAACUGCCUUCUCGCUUCCACAAAUCAAGGAACGGGAUUCAGAAAUCUUGAAGAGAGCGGUGGAUUCGUUCAUAGACAUCGAAACUCCAAUUGCAUAUGCAGGUGUUCUGUGUAACAUUGGUGGAACCGGUGCUUGUGUUGCAGGAGCAGGCAGUGGACUUGUGAUAGCUGGACCUGGAAAAACAAGCCCUGAUUGUAUGUCUUCUUCUACUGUUCCCUUAUGGAUUACGUGCUAAUGGUUUCUACUAGACUUUUUUACAUGGUAUUUUACUCUUAGUUGCGAGUUUGGAGGCCAAUGUUAACAACUAUGAUAGGACAAGAGAUGCAGCCUUGACGUUCAAGGCUCUCGUAGACGCAUUCAUUGUUAACUAUGAUGCCGAUCUACAAAAUGAGAUUGAAGCCUACAUCACCGCUCAAUCCCGACUUCAAACUGUAAACACCCCUUCCGGUGGUCUUUCAAGCGGAGGUCUUGCAGAACCAAAGUACUUGGCCGAUGGAUCAGCCUUUACUGGCUCGUGGGGUCGUCCACAAAGAGAUGGUCCUGCGCUUCGGGCCACUGCUCUUAUUGCCUACUCUAAGUGGUUAAUCGCCAACGGAUAUACCUCUACCGCCAAUGAUUUGGUUUGGCCUGUUAUUCAAAACGACUUGAGUUACGUCACACAAUACUGGUAUUUCACCCUCAAAUUCCGCUCGUAUUUGUUAAGACGCUGA